AUAUAAAGUUUAAGUGUAUAUGGAUAUUAGCUUCUGAUGAUGAUUUGGAUAAAGACACUUUAUUAGGUUCCAAAUUAACUGAUAAUAUUAAUGAUUUAUUGGUUAACCGAGAAGAUAUAGUAAAAGAUCAGUAG